UGUCGCGAAACGUGUUUACGACAUCGCCGUGAACGGGGAGAGGGGGGUUGGCGGCGGGUCCGUCACCAUGUUCGGGGCGGCGGCGGCUGAGGAGGACGACGCGGAUUUCUUGUCCCCCGCCAGCGGUGCCAGAUUGGCCUCUCUCUUUGGUCUGGAUCAAACAGUCUCAAGCCAUGGAAAUGAAUUUUUCCAGUACACUGCACCAAAGCAGCCUAAGAAGGGUCAAACGGCAGCUGCAGGUCAGGCUGCCCAGAAGGCUCCUGUGGCCCCAGCAGCUUCAGGAGCACCAUCGGUGUUUGUGGCCACUGCAGUUCAUGCGUACCGAUAUACAAACGGGCAGUACCUGAAGCAAGGCAAGUAUGGAGCAGCUGUAGUGGGGAACCAUGCUACUAAAGAGUACAGGAUCCUCCUUUACGUCAGUCAGCAGCAACAGAUUGCAACUGCAAGGAUCCACCCAGGCUUCAUACUCACGGUUCAGCUCAACAAUUACAGUACGUUCUAUGAUGAUCAGAGACAAAACUGGUCCAUCAUGUUUGAGUCAGAAAAGGCAGCGAUGGAUUUCAGUAAGCAGGUAUGCAUUGCCAAAUGCAACAGCUCCCCAGUGCUCGAUUCGGUCCUCUGCCAGGAUCUGCUUCUUGGAGAAGGGCAGGGAGUAGAAGGAGGAGACUCUCUGGAGAUUGCUUAUACGGGUUGGCUGUUCCAGAACAACGGGCUUGGACAGGUGUUUGACUCAAAUAUUAACAAAGACAAGCUGUUGCGGCUGAGGCUGGGAUCUGGAAAGGUCAUCAAGGGCUGGGAAGAAGGAAUGAUGGGGAUGAAGAAAGGAGGACGAAGAUAUCUCAUCAUUCCUCCGGCAUGGGCCUACGGGGCUCAGGGAGUGGCUGGCCGUGUCCCUCCAGACUCUACUCUAGUUUUUGAGGUGGAAGUUAGGCGGGUGAAGUUGGUAAAGGAAUGCUCUGGUUCAGAUGGACAGAGUGUUAGUUCAAGGGAUUCUCCUGCACCUUCUCCGGUACCCAAUUCAGAUGGCUUCUCUGCGGACACUGGUUUAUUGCCUCCAUCUACCAUACCUCCAAAGCCUGGGGACCCAGCCGUUCGGGCCAAGUCAAACUCCAUCAGUGAACAGCUAGCAAAUCCAGAUGUAGCAAAGGCAAAGCUAAUUUCUCGGAUGGCUAAAAUGGGACAGCCCAUGCUGCCUUUCCUUGCCGGGACAGCAGGUAGUCAACUUGACUCCAGUGACUCGGAAAUAGAGGAUCCAAACACACUGAGAGGGACAGCGCAACCAGUGGCUUCAUCUUCCGUGAGACCAUCCCAGCCAGCUCAUGCAGUGCUGCCCACAGUGUCCACACAAGUACCUCAAGCAUCUGGUUCUGCACCCUCAGUAUCUUCUGCUGCUUUAAUACCUGCAACGAUCCAGCCCCAUUCAGCUCUUCCUGGAGGAGCACAGGGUUUUCAGGCAUACCCAGGAAUGGCAUUUGCUUACACCCAGACUGCUGCAUCUGCUUCUCAGCUCCAGCCUGUAGGCCAGAUGUAUCCCACACCUUACCAAGCACCCGGGGACGUUACUUCCUUUUUGAUGACAGAAGCUCGGCAGCAUAACACUGAAAUCCGAAUGGCCGUUAGCAAAGUAGUAGAUAAAAUGGAUCAUCUGGCUGCCAAGGUGGAGGAGUUGAAGAAACAAACCACUGGCAACAGCUCACUACUGCCGGGUAUCUCCUCUGUUACUAUGGAAGCCUCAAUGAUCAUGAGCAAUAUCCAGCGCAUAAUCCAGGAGAAUGAAAGGCUGAAGCAGGAGAUAUUUGAGAAGAGCAGUCGGAUUGAGGAGCAGAAUGAGAAGAUCAGCGAGUUGAUUGAGCGGAAUCAGAGAUGUGUCGAGCAAAGUAACUUGCUGAUGGAGCAGAGGAACCAUUCACUGCAAACAACAAAUGAAAACACACAGGCAAGAGUGUUGCAUGCAGAACAGGAGAAGGCCAAAGUGGCUGAGGAGUUGGCAGCUGCCACAGCACAGGUUUCCCAACUGCAGCUGGAGCUGACUGCCCACCAGAAGAAAGAAAUGGACCUGCGGAAACAGCUGUCUGCCACUUUGCAGGAGGCAGAGCGACAUGAGACGCAGCUCAACAAACUGCAAGCACAGUUAGCAGAGCUCCAAGAAGCUUCUGAGGACACUCAGACCAGAUUCAAAGCUGAGAAGCAGAGCCGCAAACAGCUGGACAUGAAGAUUACAGCACUGGAAGAAGAGCUAACGGACCUCAGAGUGGAAAAGGAGACUCUUGAAAGGAAUCUUGCAGAGAGGAAGAAGAAAUCCCUCUCAGAGAGAGCUCAAGCAGAGGAAGAGAUGGAAGAAAUACGCAGAUCGUAUCAGCAGGAACUGGACAAGCUUCGGCAGUUGCUGAAAAAGGCACGGACUUCGACUGACCAGGCAGCAGCAGAGCAGCUAUCGCUCAUCCAGGCAGAGCUGGAAUCCCAGUGGGAAGCCAAAUGUGAACGUACGCUGGCCUCGGCCAAGGAGCAGCAUGUUAGACAGUACCAGGAGGUGUGUGAGCAGAGAGAUUCCCUGCAGCAGCAGGUGUCCCAGCUGGAAGAGAAGCUUGCGGCUCUCAAGCACUUGAAAAAAGCAGAGGAGCACAAAUUAUCUGAGUUUCAGCAACGUUUGGAGCAACUAGAGCCUAUCAAAGAGAAGUAUUCAGCCUUGCAGUCUGAUACCAUGGUGCUGAAGGCUCGCUAUGAAGAACGCAUACGAGACCUGGAGAAGGACCAGGGCAGAUCUUCACCUGCAGACUUCACAGAAGAAGUAAAGAAGAUAAUGAAUGGUGUAUUUCAAUCUCUUCGGGGCGAAUUUGAGCUGGAAGAGACGUACAGUGGCAGGACAGUUCUGGGUGUUGUCAUGAACACUAUUAAGACUGUAACACUGCAGCUACUCAACAGGCAGCAGGAGAGAGCAGAGCAUGACAAUGAAAAGGAGGAAUCUGGAACAGGAGCAGCAAGACGGGAGGGAUCACUUGGAGCAGAGGGAGACCAUGAAGAACCUGUGCAGCAUAGCCCAGCACAGGGUGCUGCGUGCCCAGCUGGUCCUGGGGAAGCAACCACGGGCUCCACAGUGUCUGACCAGGAUGGCGAGUCUGUUCCUCUGUCUGCCAGGCCCAGAACUCCUGAGGAGGAGCAGGUGACACAGAACAGUGUGGUGUUGGAAGAUGAGAAGGUCCAGGAGGAGAAUCUGUCUUCUGGAGCUGAAUCCUGCCUGGAUAAAGGGCCUGUGCUUGCAGGACAGCCUGUUUCUGAGGUGGAUGAGGACUUUGUCCCAGCUGAGCAAAGGCAGGAGAGCAGUCCCAUUGGGAAAGCCAAGACUAAAUGCAGUCCCUCCAGAGUGUCUUUGCAAGCAGAAGUUGCAGAACCUUCUGUUCUAGAAGCCCAGCGAGAUGUGGCUGUGCUUCCAGAACAGCCAGCUGCGGAGCCGAAGGCAGAGGAGCCUGGAGGAGGUUUAGAGCCCCCUCCCUUAAAUGGGGAGGGAGGGAGCUGCACAGACCCAUCAGACGGACCUAGCUCCGAGAGGGACCCUGCUUCAGUGUCCAACAGAGCAGAGCUGGGCUCAGCUAGCAUCAGAGAAACCCCAGGACAGCAGGAAGUGGGCUCCAGCCCCGGGCAAAAAGAUUCCAGCCUCUUUGAGGAUGACAACUUCUUUGAAACACCAUCUCAUAAACCACUGAAGCCUCGAGUUCCCUCUGAAGAGGAGGAUGAAGAGGAAGUGAGCAUGAAGGGGCGUCCCCCUCCCGCUCCGCUCUUCGGUGAUGACGACGAUGAUGAUCUGGAUUGGCUGGGAUGAAGAGCUGGCUGGUGAGCCUGAGCCCUCUCCUCUGGGCAUGGCCUCUUCUGUGCACUGAGCACUUAAUGACCUCGUACGUGGGACGGUUGUGAACAACCAGGGACUUGCAGGCGCCUGCACGGCCGGCUGACGGGGCCUGAGAGCGGGCAGCUCUGCACUUGUGAGCACUCAGACCUGUCGCUCUGACCUGACAAACACAUGCAGCGGUUGGGGUGAGCUGAAGGAACCAGCUGGUCCUACUGCGCGUUUGUAUUGCUGUCCUACUCCUGUGAACUGUUGAUUUGUUAAUCGGAAACUUUAUGCAAAUAUGAACUUUGUGAAGUGCUUCAGAAGAACAAGUCUGGCAGGACCCUGCAGUAGGUAACUACUCUUUUAAAAAAAAACCAACCCAGACUAAAAUCUCUCCUCCUGCCCCAGUGAAGAUCUCCUUGGAAUAUUCCUUGUCCCAAGGGUGGCUCUACACCGUCUCAUCACCACGUAUUUGCAAUGAGUAGUGAGAGAGUUGGCCAAGAGACCCCAGGCUGGUGAUUCCUGUGAGCCCCCGGCCCUGCGCGGGCGGCUUGGGGAAGGCCCGGGGGCUGUGCCCAGGCGGUUCAGGCCGGCAGGGGCUGAGCUGCGGCCCCCGUGGUGCUCACUGACCCCCCACCCACGGGGCUGCAGCACCGGGGUACCCGCAGCCAGGGCUCUGCUAGACCAGUGCUCCAAGCACAGCUGGAGCAUCAAGUAACCACUGUUGUAUGAAGCCAGCUCCCCAGCUCUGCGUUACCGAGAGCCCUGAGGCUCACAGAGACCUGACAAAACUGAUCCACUGUGCAGCCCCUUCCUCUCCUCGCUGUUUGCGUCCAGAGGUGAGAUCUUUUUUUUUGCUGGGUUGUGUUUCACCAGCAGUGAAAGCAGUGAUACAGAUGUGUAACGUGCUCCUGGGGGAGAGAGAGUCACUGCAGACAGCCAAGCCCCUCGCCUGUGCCUUUUUCUCUGCUGCUCAAGGUGUGACCAUCAUAGCACGAGUUAAAAAUCAGUAAUGGUCAGUCAUAAGCUAUAACCCAACCUUGCCUAGGGUCUGCUGGGGGUUUGGGGUGUAACUUUUCAGUCUAAGGGGACCAGGAGGGGAAAGCAGCGAGGACGGACAGACAGGCAGCUGGGCAAACACCUUGGGCUUCUCAUGGCACUCUCACUUCCACACUCAUUGGCACUAACACAGCUUAAAACUAGGAGCAGGUCUUUGUGUCUUUAAAACAAAUAAAACCCCCCUUCACUUAAUAAAAUGGAAGUGCUUAAAGUAGUUUAUUACAGUUUAGUUUCUACAACUGCCUCUGAUCUGUGCCCUCCUAAAUGCCAUUUCUUGGGAGGAAGGACAAAAAAAAGCACUGGAGCGUAGUGUGGCUAAUUGCCAAAUGCAGCUGAAAUUGUGGACGAGGCCAGUGCCUGUGCUGCAGCUGCCCUGCAGUUGUGCAGACACCUGGCCUGCAGGCUGAGCUUAGCUGGGGUUUCCUGGGGAGCCGCUCCAGAGGUCAAAGCACUGAAUAGUUACUCAGUGCUGAAUGUGACGGUGUGUGAAACCCGGAUUUUCUGGGACUCCCCUUCCGCGUGCUGGUCUGAGGGCGGGUACCCUGACCUGGCCUCUGCCCCCGUCUGGAGCAGUGUCCUCGUGGAGGUCGUUACUAAUACUAACAAAUUCCACUACUUCUUUCCUGUCACAGAUAGAUGACCCGAGGGAUUUGCAUUUCACUUCUUGAAAAAUAAAGUGCAAUUAAACCUGU